AUGCCCGAUCCAUCAAUCUCAACGGUUGCUUUGUCAUCAAAAAUCCCAAACACAAUUUACGACACUCGCCAGACCUUUCCAUGGACAAAGCAAGUAUUUAAAGUUCUUCAAGAAGUAUUUCAUCUUACAGAUUUCCGCCAAAAUCAACUUGAAUCCAUUAAUGCCACGCUUAAUAGCAUUGACUGUUUUAUUCUAAUGCCAACAGGUGGUGGAAAGAGUCUUUGCUAUCAGCUUCCAGCAUGCUGCACAACAGGGAAAACCACAGGCUUGACAGUAGUUAUAUCACCCCUGUUGUCGCUUAUUCAAGAUCAAGUUUCCCGUUUAGUACAACUCAACAUUCUUGCAAUAGCCAUCAGUUCAGAUAUGAGUGCAGAAGAUAAACGAUGGGCAUACGACGAAUUACGCAAAGAGCCACUACCACCUAAAAUGAUAUACGUUACACCUGAACUUGUGAUGCGAUCGGGGCAGUUCAAGACGGCUUUAAACGAUUUGUUUCGACGUGGUCGUCUUGCUCGAUUUGUUGUCGAUGAAGCGCAUUGUGUGAGCCAGUGGGGACACGAUUUUCGUCCAGACUAUAAAGAGCUUUCGACGCUGCGAGUACAAUAUCCAACUGUACCCAUUAUUGCUCUCACGGCCACAGCCAAUGACAAAGUUAAGAUGGAUAUCAUCAAAGUUCUCAAUAUCCCACAGUGUGCGAAAUUUCAACAAUCUUUCAAUCGAUCUAAUUUGCGAUAUGAUGUUCGAAAAAAAGAUAAAGGGUUGGACGCAGACAUUACGGCGUUUAUUAAAACGUUUUAUCCAAAUGCAUCAGGGAUUAUCUAUUGCUCAUCACGAAAGGCUUGCGAAGCCACAUCGGCGAAAUUAUGCAAGUUGGGAAUCAAGGCUGCGUUUUACCAUGCUGGGUUGGAUAAGGAGGAUCGAAGCCGUAUUCAAACAGCUUGGGCAACCAACAGUGUCCAUAUCAUUGUUGCUACAAUUGCUUUUGGAAUGGGGAUUGAUAAAGGAGAUGUACGAUUUGUUAUCCACUACUCCAUUCCACAAAGUCUUGAAGGAUACUACCAAGAAACAGGACGUGCUGGCCGGGAUGGAAAAGAUUCCAUGUGUAUCUUGUACUAUGCAUACAAGGAUAAAUCUACCAUUGAUUUCUUGAUUGAGAAUGGCGAAGGCAAUUAUGAACAAAAGGAACGUCAGCGAAAUAACCUUCGACAAAUAAUUUCCUACUGUGAAAAUUUGGUAGAUUGUCGAAGACAGCAGGUAUUAGCGUAUUUUGGUGAGCGGUUUGACAAGUCCCAAUGUAGACAGACGUGUGAUAAUUGCCAAAGAGAGGGCGGUGCUACUGUGAAAGAUAUCACAGAAAUAACUAAAAGUAUCAUCAAGAUUGUUCAAGCGAUUCAGAACCAGAAAAUUACAAUUAACCACUGUGUGGAUAUUUUUCGUGGGUCAAAGCAAGCAAAGAUUAUGAGUAUGAUGCAUGAUCAGAUUGAGGGCUAUGGCGUGGGCAGAAUGUAUACUCGCACCACGGUAGAACGACUAUUUCAUUUCCUAGUAUCAAGAGAUGUGCUGGUAGAGCGGUGCGAGUUUAAUGCUAGUGGGUUUUCAAGUGGCUAUGUCAAGGUGAUUGCUAUAGGGUGUAUUCAGUAUUUGAGCUGUUUUAUUUCUAGCCUUUUGCUAAUCUAUUUGAUUCACUUUGUAGUUGGGACGACAAGCGAAUUUGGUGCUUAA